GUAGAAGCUCUUUCCAUAGCCCUUGAGCAAGAGAAGGGUGAUCACCUCGAAGCUCAGGAAGAAGUGCGCAAACUCAAAAAUGUCGUUGCUAGUCUUGAAGCGAAGCUGGACAGAGAGAAGAAAUGUUAUCGUGAAAAAAUCCCGUCAUUGCAAGCUCGAAAUCGGCAGCUUGAAAUGAUGUUGGUCGAUCAGCAGGAGCUUGAAAGGACCUUGGAGAAAACGAAAAACCGACUUCGUGCAUGUGAAUUUUACAAAGCAGUAACAACAGCGAAAGAUGACUCUGCGAUGGACAAGUACCUCAAGGCCGAUGGCGGUCUUGAAAUGACACAAUUUCUGAAUAUAUUAAGGAGGCAGUUGGAUGAGGCCAGGAAAACACAGCUAAAGCUCAAGGAUGAUCUGGGAAAAGAGCGGGAAUUGGUCAGAACUAUGAUGAAGAAGGAGCAUGAUCUCAAAGACGUAGUUACCGCACUUGAGAGAGAACUCAGAGAUGUUCGCUGCGCUGCCAAUAUUAGUUCGACACCUUUUAAUCCUAAGCUGAAAAGCCUCAUGCUAGAGCAAAGCCCUUCGAGACGUGAAUCACUGGGAUUUAAUGAAUCAGUCGAACUGAACGCAGAUGUUCUUGCUUCAGCUCUAAGACGUCGUGCAAGAGCCGUUUCUCCACGAGCGAGGCCUGAUACAGGCUCGAUACCUAAACCUCUUUUCGCGAACCUGUCUGAUGAUGAGGAUGAAGUCAAGUCUGCUGCUGGUGACGUUUCACUCCAGUACCCUGCUAAACUAGAUUCCAUACCGAGUCCUCGUGUUCCAAAAACGAUGCGGGAGCGUGUACUUAAUAGCUUGAAAAGCAACCGUCCUACUGGUUUGGGUGGAGUUCAGGAUGCCGCUGCGAAAGCGUUAGCCAGCCUUGAAAUCAGAAAUGCAUCUGCUAACGUUAUCUCGAGAAAGCCCCUGUUGAAGCGAAAGCUCGACAAAAUUGAUCAAAAUAAUCAGCGCCUUUCUCAAUUUUUCUCGAAGAGGAAUCCCACUGAAGUGAUUGACUUGGAUGAUUAA